GAGUCCACAGUGAUUCAAACGCUGACAGUGUACUCAAGGAAGUGAGCUCUGUAGGGAGCGCAUUAUGCUUAAGUAAACCGCACACUGAGAGCUACAUUCAUCUAAAACUGCUUUACUCGGUGAGCACGCAUCAUGUCUCUGCUGAGAUUUGGAGUCACGCUGCUGCUGUUUGCACAUUCACUAGGAGAACCUCGAUCCUUCAGCGUGGACUACAAGAAUGACUGCUUCAGAAAGGAUGGAGACGUGUUUCGAUACAUAUCAGGAAGUAUCCACUACAGCAGGAUCCCCAGAGUGUACUGGAAGGACCGGCUGCUGAAGAUGUACAUGGCAGGACUGAACGCCAUCCAGACGUACAUCCCCUGGAACUACCAUGAAGAAUCUCCAGGUCGCUAUACUUUCAGUGGAGACCGAGACGUGGAGCAUUUCCUUCAGCUGGCCAACGACAUCGGCCUACUGGUCAUCCUCCGGCCUGGACCAUACAUAUGUGGAGAGUGGGACAUGGGCGGCCUCCCUGCCUGGCUUCUUAACAAGAAAGACAUUGUGCUGAGGUCUUCAGAUCCAGAUUACAUCAAAGCAGUUGAUGAUUGGAUGGGGAAGUUGCUGCCAAUGAUAAAGCCGUAUCUCUAUCAGAACGGAGGGCCUAUCAUCACUGUACAGGUGGAGAAUGAAUACGGCAGUUAUUUUGCUUGUGACUACAACUACAUGCGCCACCUGUCCAAGCUAUUCCGGUCUCACCUGGGCGAUGACGUGGUACUUUUCACCACAGAUGGGGCUGGGGUUAGCUACCUGAAGUGUGGCUCCAUUCAAGAUCUCUAUGCAACUGUUGACUUUGGGCCAGGUGGAAAUGUAACUGCAGCCUUUGAAGCUCAGAGACACGCUGAGCCUCAUGGACCUUUGGUGAACUCGGAGUUUUACACUGGCUGGCUAGACCAUUGGGGCUCACCUCAUUCUGUUGUGUCGUCUACAAUAGUCGCCAAGUCUCUUAACGAGAUCCUGUCCAUGGGAGCAAAUGUUAACCUUUACAUGUUUAUAGGAGGAACAAACUUUGGAUACUGGAAUGGUGCCAAUGGACCCUAUGCCCCGCAGCCCACAAGCUACGACUAUGACGCCCCACUCACGGAAGCAGGAGACCUCACACAAAAAUACUUUGCUAUUCGAGAGGUCAUCAAAAUGUACCACCAAAUACCAGAGGGUCCGGUACCACCAACAACUCCAAAGUUUGCAUAUGGGACUGUAAUGAUGAAACAGCUCCAGACUGUGUCAGAUGCCUUAGAAAUCCUUUCUUUCUCAGGCCCAGUCAAAAGCGUGUAUCCUCAGACUUACAUUGAACUGAACCAGGCCUUUGGUUAUGUGCUGUACAGGACUCUUCUGCCCUUUGACUGCAGCACACCUACUCCUCUGUCAUCUCCACUGAACGGGGUCCAUGACAGAGCAUACGUGUCUGUAGACGGGGUGCCGAUGGGGAUUCUUGAAAGGGACAAAGCCAUAACUGUGAAGGUGACCGGAAAAGCUGGCAGCCAGGUGGACAUACUGGUAGAGAAUAUGGGCCGAAUCAACUAUGGAAAAAAUAUCAACGACUUUAAGGGCCUGGUGUCUAACCUGACUCUGGGGGCAGAUGCACUCCUUAGCUGGACCAUGUACAGUCUCAGUGUCGAUGAUGCAGUCAGUCAAGGCCUUCUUGGUGGAACAAAACCAACAGCUCCUCCUGCACCUGCUGCUCUCUCUCUUCCAGCAUUCUACAAGGGAAGUUUUGUCAUUCCUGAUGGUAUCCCUGACCUCCCACAGGACACUUACAUCCAGCUGCCCCAGUGGAAGAAGGGUCAAGUUUGGAUUAACGGCUUCAACCUGGGACGCUACUGGCCCAGUCGAGGCCCUCAGGUGACCCUCUUUGUCCCCGCCCACAUUCUGACUACGGCUGUGCCCAACAAUGUGACCGUCCUGGAGCUGGAGGAGGCUCCCUGCAGCUCAGGGACAUGCAGUGUGGAGUUUACCACCACCCCUAUCCUCAAUGCAACAGUGCAGUCUGACCUAAAGCUGUACAGGAAGCUCUUCACUCGAAGCGAUUUGUAGUGAUAUUCAAGGAACUCGCUGCUGCACCGAAGGAAUCUCUUUGCACUACUCACUGAUUCAGGAUCAGCACUGGUCUGAGCUCAGAGAAGAUAUGAUUUUAGAAAUGUACUUUUAAUGUUUUAAGUUGGUGAGUCCUGGACAAAUCAUCGGUGUGAUUUAAUGAACUCUUGGUGACUCUGCCUCACUGAUUCUAUUGGUACAUUUGCAUUUUAGGUUUUUCCUGUCCACUCUGGGAUUGUUGCCAACACACCACUGCAGCCUGUAUGCUAGAAAAUGUUUUUUUUUUUUUUUAAAACACAUCAGGGAAAUAUGUUGGAUGCAUUGUGGGAGUUUUAAUCUGUUGCUUUUACGCAUUUUGAAAGAAGUACUUCAUGCACUGUGAUUGGAUGUUUGAGAAGGUAAAUUAAAAACUAUUUUGGAAUACUCUUAUAAUCUUUUUUGUAAGCGGGGCGGCUGUGACUCAGUAGGUGGAGUCAGUCGUCUCAACCAGAAGAUUGAGAGCUACAACAGUCAUAUGUGGAUGUGUCCUUGGCAUAGACACUUAAUUGCUCCCUCUACUGUGUCAAUUGUGUGUGAAUGUGUGUGGAUGGGUACAAAUGGUUUUAGUUUUUUAAAUGUCUUUUUUUAUUGAAGAUGUUUUAAAUAAAAACAGGAACAUAAUUCAUGGAGAAGCAAAAUAUUGGAAAAAUGUCAUGUUUGGGAGUGUAUUUCAGCAUCGGUAAUAUCAGUUUGAAUGAUAGAUUGAUAAAGAAGAAGGAACUGAAAUAACUUUAAAGAAAAGUAAUGAAAUAAUUGCAAAAAGGAAAAAAUGUCUACAUGGGUUAAAAGUGG